GUGCCUAGUCCUACCCAGUUCUCUCCUCCUCCCAAACUCCCCCUCGCUUCCUCACUUGCUCUAUGCCUGUCUGAGGGUAAGAAAGGGAUUGAGCUCAGACUCGCAACACACAAAAGAACAACUCUUCUUUUGGUGGAUCUGUGAAUGUGCAGUAGGAAAGCAAAGCUUCCUCCCUCUCUCUUACAUGAGGCUUCCAGGGGGGUCUAACGCAGAUCAGGAGACAGACAUGAAGCACAGCCAGCUUGAGGAGUGGAGUGGAGCUAUAGACCAAUGACACGGCAGCACCAGCGAGACACUGGGCAACAGAGCGGAGCGCUGUAGCCUACCUGGCUACCUGCUUUCACCUGGUAAUAUCCUUAUUUCUCUGGUGUGAGCGCCGCUCAAGGGGACCACUGACUGACUGACUGACUGACUGACUGACUCUGGGGACCAGCGCGGCUCUCUGUCCACGGGGAGGGGAGAGGAGGUGCAGCCUGAUACAGCCGAGGACACCACGACAGUGCCAGAAGGAUACAGUCCGGGCAGACGGACACAUACAGAUAUGUACACAGAACAACACCAGAAUCAGCAGUGAGGAUCUCAUCGGUAAAACACACUCAAACACACUACUGUGUAGAAUUAGUGUGGAUCUCUCAUCCUGCCGCACCAACCCACAACGGGUAUGAAGUCUGAAGGUCAGCAGCGCCAAGUCAGGAAUCACUGCGAAGAACCUGACGCGUCAAAAGGAGCUCUGCACCAGCCGUGUCCAUUGGAGCCGGCACUGAGGGACUGAGUCGUCGGCUGCUGCCAGCUCUAGCACCAGAAUCCUCUACAGCCGUCUGGGGUGAGGAGCUGAGGUGCCUGGCCGGGGCUGGGUGGAUGGUGCCUGGAGGAGGAGGGGGCCACGGCAGAAGGAGGAGAAUGGCAUCCACAGGCAUGCAGAUCUUUGCCUUCGUCCUGGCGCUGCUGGGAAUCAUGGGGGCCAUGGUGGCCACGCUGCUGCCCAAUUGGAAGGUGAGUGCCGACGUGGGCUCCAACAUCAUCACAGCCAUCUCCCAGAUGCAGGGGCUGUGGAUGGACUGCACCUGGUACAGCACCGGCAUGUUCAGCUGCACCUUGAAGUACUCGGUGCUGUCGCUGCCCGCCUACCUGCAGACUGCCCGCACCACCAUGGUGCUGUCCUGUGUGAUGGCUGCCAUGGGCCUGUGCCUAGCAUCCCUGGGGCUCAAAUGUACCCGCUGGGGGGGCGGCCGGCGCGCCAAGAGGCACGCGGCCAUCGCCAGCGGGGGCUGCUUCAUCGCCGCCGGCUUCCUGUGCCUGGUGCCCGCUUCCUGGUUCACCAAAGAGGUCAUCACUAACUUCCUGGACCGCAGCGUGCACGAGAGCAAUAAGUUUGAGCCCGGGGGCGCCGUGUACGUGGCCUUCCUGUCGGCAGGCUUCCUCUUUGUGGGGGGGUCCAUCUUCUGUGUGUCGUGCUCGGGGAAGAGGCCCGGCCACCAGGAGAUGAUCUUGCUGCCACCCCCUGAUAAACUCUUACUGCAGCAGCAACAGCACCUCCUACAGCAACAGCAGCAGGACCAGCUCCAGCACCAGUACUGCUCUCUCUCCCCACUAGACAAUAAAACAGGCUACAGUCUGCAGGACUAUGUGUAGGCUAAAGCAACGCUGCACGCCAUGCGCUACUGUUAGGCAGUUUGGGAAAUCCGCUGCGUCUUACAUGUAGUACACCAACCAACCAAGCUCUUAACGAGGAGGAGGAGAUGAGAGAGGAGGGGGAAGGACUUUGAGGGUGUUUUUUUCUCCCCCCCCCCCAUUGUAGCUCUCUCUCCCCUCUUUCUUUACUUUCUGUUCUAUGAGCACAAGCAGUGGAGGUAUUCCCUGAGCAGCCCCUUGGAACAGACAGACGGAUGGUGAAUGUGAAAUGCAGCGCAGCCGGAGGACGAAGGAAGGCGCUGCAGAAUGGGAGGGGAGCCGCAGCUGAACGAAUGCAGAUACCCCAGCGAUCAUCAGUAAAUCACAUGAGUUCCCGGGGGAAUGGGUUAGCUGAUAGCAAGCCUCCUGUUCAUUUCCUUUUCCUCACCAAAGGUUUGAAUUGAUAAGCAUUCAUUUAGUUUGCUAAGUCGGCAAUAUUGAUAUUAUUGUCUCAAAGAGGCAAUAACAGUACGUGGAAUUCCCUUUUCAUGAGCAAGCCAUUGUAGUUUUCAACCAUCCACAAGAUAUGGUAGUUGUUGGAACUGAUUUAAUAAAUUCUCUUAUUUUUGCUAGCGAGUAGACAUUGAUAUUUUGCCAAAGCAUGCUGUCUGAAGCCUGUCUGUGUAUAAUGCAGAGGAAUGCCUGCCUGGUAGAGAAUGAGACGUACGUAGUGUAACCAAACACAAUGCCCGUGCCUAAAAAGACCUAGUACAUUAUCCUUCCCGGGGAAAUUGUUCAAAAGAGGACUGUCAGGAUGAGUAAGUAGGGUGCUGGGCUUGGAGAUGGAACAGAACUGCAGACAAACCCACCCCUGGAUCUCACCCUGCAGGUAGACACACAGAGAGGGAGAAACGGAGCGAGAGAGAGAGAGCCUCCCCCCUCCAGCAGAGUGGACUGUCUGACAUGUUUGUUGCUUUCCUAUUUAGCACCAAAACAAGCUGCCUUCUUGGGCUAGGCUACACGCUACUGAUUUCAUGUAUUAGGCAUACAAAUGAACACGCACACCCACAUAGAGUACACAAACACCCAUACCCAGAUACAAAACCACACACAUACACACAGAUACAGAAACCCUCACACAUGCUCACAAACACACACAGAAAUAUACAGAAACACACUACCUUUUUGGCACACUGGGCUGCAUGUGCUUUUCAUCCUGCUGUCCGCCUCCUCACUGCCAUGGAAACGGAAUCCUGUGCCCUAAUGUCUUUAUUGUCUGGGUAGGGGGGCAUCUCUCUCUCUGCAUGGCCCCAUAAGCCUUGUGCAGAACCUCCACACACACAGAGCUGCUCCACUAAUCCCCUUUAUUACCCCAGUGACAUGAGGCACCAAGCCACUGUUACACCCAGGUCUGUCUGGGAAAUGCUCUCUUUUUCUUGUCCUUCAUUAGUGUCUUUCACGUGCAAUUAGGGUUGAUGGGGAAAUUGGCUGUGUUUUGAAAAAUCUGGCUGAUUAUUGGAAUUGUAUGAUGGCAUAGAGAGAGGCUUUGAACGGUCAUGGUUGACUGCAGUAGUGUGGCAGAUUUGCCUCCAAAUCUAGAAAUGGUUUGAGUCAUUCCUCCAUAUGUGACUUGUUUACCAAGUCCGUCAGCAGUCCAUAUGCUACCAUGUAAUACCUGCAAAAGACCCUGCAGCUGAAGUUCAAGGACGUUCUGUGCCAUUCUGUUCUUUCCUUCCUGUCAACCUCUCUUUUACCAUUUGUCUCUACCUAUAUCCCCCUUUUACUCAAGUCACGUGGACUUUCUCUUUGACUGACAGGGAACACUUUUGCAUGUUGAGAGCAUGCUGGCCAGCACACACACUGACACACACACUGACACACCACCCCUGCUGCCUACUCAUAUGUCAAGGGUGCUAUUGCACAUUAACACAGUCACAUUCUCAUGUGUGUCUAACACGGCUGAGAGGAGAGGGAGAUAGGUUGUCUCCGGCCUGAAAUGGCUGCUCUGGUGACAGGCCCUGGCAGUGGCCCUCUCAUUCUCUCACACAUUGUUUCCUAUGGGGAGAGCAGAUGGCUAAGCCCAGCUCGCCACCUUCAGGCGGCUGCCUGCACAACGGGGGCAUCGCCACAGGCAUCACUUUAGGCCCUGGAAGCCCGGAAGGGGCAGGUUUCACACCCCUAGCAACAUGCCAGGGACAGAGCAGAGGGGACCGGACGGGCAUCCGUACAAUAACACACUUCCCCAACCCCUGCCAGCCCUUACGAAUGCAAUAAAUGAAGACAAGAAUGUGAAUGUGCCCUCGUUAACAAAAUGAACACAUACAACACAUACAGGGCCAGUCAAAAGUUGACACACCUACUUAUUCUGGGGGUUUUCUUUAUUUUUACUAUUUUCUACAUUGUAGAAUAAUAGUGAACACAUCAAAACUAUGAAAUAACACAUGGAAUCA